AUGACGGAGGAAGCCUACGAAUACGCGAACAAGCUAGCAAAUGAAAAUUGGCUAACAACAUGCGAUCAACUAAAUGGCCGACUGCAUACUCUCGAGACAGAGGAUAAUUGCGACGAAGAUGCUGAGGGUAUUGAUUCACCAUUCUUGGAAGAGAAGCUACGGGUAGCCUUAAACAGCUUCAAACGCAACACCACCCCCCCUGGAGAGGACGGUAUAACGUUCGCAAGCGGUCUCAACGAAAGAAGCGGCGAGGCUCAGGUCAGAACCCCCCUCUAUACCCUAGGAAGGCAGGGACGACAAAUUUUUGCAACCUUCGGCCUGAGCGAGGAGGACUCGAAAGACUACGAGAAAGUCCAAAAGAAGUUUAAUGAGCACUUCGUGAAAGAAAGAAACGUCGUCUACGAGAGCGCCUGCUUUCAACGGCGUGUGCAUAAUCCAGACGAGACCAUCGACCAUUACGUGACAGCGCUUCACACCCUAGCAGACCGCUGUGAUUUUGGGGACUUUAAACAACGAAUACUGCGUGAUCGACUGGUUGUCGGCAUGCGGGACGGAAAGCUGUCGGGAACGCUUCAGAUGGACUCGCAGCUUACGCUUGCUUCUGCGUUGGCGAAAGCAAGGUUGAAAGAGACAGUACGACAGCAGCAACGAGAACUGCGUCCCGAGGAAUCGCCGGCAACAUCUGAGGACGUGAACAUCGAUGAAGUAAGGCGGCACAGUAAAACAUCGUGGCGUCAAGGAAGUGAAAAACUGGCGUCGUCUCGGAAGGGGCCCUGUUCGUCCUGUGUAGGGAACCAGCACCCACUGUCAGCCUGUCCAGCGAGAACAGCCAAGUGCUUCAACUGCAGCAACCGAGGCCAUUUCAGCAAGGUUUGCAGAACUGGGGCGGGGAAACCG